AUGAAGAACCUGAUAACUGCCAGCGAGGAGGAGCAGAAACUCAGAGUCAGAGGUAACAUGGUUCAUAAAGAUUUGCCAGGCUUGGAGAGUGCUUUUGAAAAACAACUUCCACCAGAUGAACCAGAGAGAGAAGAAAUUUCAGAGGCAGAGAAAGCCCAUACCACCAAGCCCAUUUUGGCCAUGCUUGCAGAAGGACAGUAUCAGCCUCCACUGGUAAACAAAGGUUUACCUCCUUCUUAUAAAGCGGCUAACUGGGAGACAGCAAUAAUCCCUGGAAUGGAGAAUAACAUUAGAGCCGACUUGAUUCUAAGCCCACGUCAUGAACAGGCAAAGCGUGUGUUGGAGAGAGCAAGAUUAAAGGCUCGCUCUCAGUACCAAAAUAGUGACCAGGGUACUCAAACAACUCAGAGAGAAGUCACGGAGUUGUUACCAGUGCAUAAUACACCACCACAGAUCAUCACAGCUACUCAUGAGCAGAAAUUAUCUCUGCCUGUCCAGUCGCAGGAUGUCCGAAGGAGGAAUCGUGAGCACAAUGUUCACUUGCGAAGGCGAGGGCAAUUAUUCGGUGAUGUAAACUUUGAGGAUGAGUCGAAGAAAGAGACAGAGCCUCACUACCAAGAUAAAGUUUGUAAGGGUAGGUUGGGGUUGAUGGACAGUUCACUAGGACUAGGACUGCCUCUCGUAGUCGCACCAGGAAUCAAAGGUUUAGGAUCAAGCCAGGGAAGUGUAGAAAUCCCAUUGACCAUUCCGACUAAUCAUGGAGAACCCUCUCUUGAGACUUUGCUGUGCAAGGAUAAGCCAAAGAAAUGUGAAGCUUGUGGGAGCAUCCUGAUGCCCAGUCAUUCCAAAGAACCAAGUCAAAAUGCAAAAGGACAGAAAAGCUCAGAUAAACCGUUUGUCACUUCUGGUCAAUCAAGUCAUCAAAUCAUUCAACCAAACCUGUUAGAAGCUACUAUGUUGACUGGAAGUUCCAGCCUGGAUGAGAAUGACGAGGCUGCAGGACCAAGCGAUGCUGGAGACAGAGUAUCAGCUUUCGGCAAGCUUCGCAGGCGGAGUCGCCAAGGGGAAAACAGAGUCGAGACGAGCCACGGCCCUUACGCUCGUGGUCAAGAUCUCUUAGCACAACGUAGGAAUUCUAGGACUAGAUCCAGUCUGGAGGAGGUAGCUGGGCCUCGUUCCAAACCUGCACGAGGUGUUACUUUUGCUAUUGACUCAUUUAUACCGACAGCAACAAGUUCCAGAAACUAUAGGAAUAUAGAAACUCCUUCCCUGAAACAGCUGCCUAUCAAAUCAGCUUUGAAGUCUGGUUCCAAGAGCAGGCCAUCAGAUCUACAAGGUGUGAAGUACUUGUCUUUAGUUCAGGAAGUGGAGAGAAGUCUUCACUAUGCUGUUUCUACCCCUCAGGACCUUGGUGCACCUUCUCAGGUUUCACAAGUCUCCUCAGGACUCACUCCUUGUAUUAAACCAUCCUCUCUCAGAUACUCCUCACCUGUGGGAACUCCAGUAGAGCCAGUGGAUUCCCUUUCGCCAUGUGAAGAUUCCACCUGUGCUGCAUCUCAUCCAUCAGAUUGCCGGCCGAUUGUCCGAGGUGUGGCCAUGUCAAAGACCGAGGACUUGAGAGCAGAACUUCUGAGAUCAGAACAUCGCAAAGCUGAAUUACUUUGGGACGUAAAUUUUUGUGCAUCAAGGAGAACAUUGGAGAAGGAAGGGCGAACCAAGCUCUCCCUACGCCGUUUUUUCUCAGCCAUGGGCCUUAACAGCAUGGGACUGAUUGGGAAGGGCAGCCGGUCCAGCAGCAUGGAGCACCUGUCGCUCUCCUCAGCUAGAUCUUCUCCAAGCCCAACUCAUAAAGGCCAAACUCUGUUGCAAAGGACACCCUCUCUUCAGGCCCUCCAUACUGAGUCCCCUCUUGCUCAGUUGCGUAAAGCUUCUUCUGUACAGAGCCUGCAGUCUCCAAAGAAGAAAUAUGAGCGCUCAGCGGUUCUUGGAGAUCUUCAUUUGCCUCUUAUUCUGGGACCCAGAGAUCUUCAUGUUAAUAAAGGAAUGGAAAUUGUAGACACAGCUCAAAUUUCAGGGCCAAUGGGACGAAUAAUUCAGACCUUCCCUGAUAGCUCUUUGUUGCUAGAGCUCACAAGACCAGACAACGGACCUUUCGGCUUUGUCAUCUCUAGAGGAAAAGGUCGACCGGACUCAGGAGUAUAUGUUGAACAAGUGGCCGGCAGUUCCACAGAGAACAUCUACACCAGCCUUCUGGGAGUAGGAGAUGAAAUCCUUGAGGUAAACGGAGAGAAGGUGACUGGACUGAGUCUUGAUCAGGUGACCUGUCUGAUGACCCGCGAAAGUACGGCUACUGUCCGGAUCCUUCCACAUCGCUGGAUUCAGCACUGA